CUUCGACCCAGGCUUCGACGAGCGAGAUGAGCUCUGGGGUGGACAAAGUGAGGGUGGGGGAGUCGCCUGGGAAGAUCGUCACUCUGAGUCCGUGCUCGCCUGCAUUGGUGGAGGUCAGACAAACACGCAUACGCGUGCGACGACGAAGAAUGAAUCAUGAUGUCCCUGUCUGUCUGUUCUAUACAGGCCAUUGCGUCGCCACAGACCCGCGGAGAUGAACCCGGUGAGUGAGUCAGUGAGUCAGACAGGACAGAGGAGAAGUGUGGAAUGCAUCCGCUCAUCAGUCGACGUGUGUGUGUGUUGCUGUUCUGUUGCCCUGGCUGGCUUCAGCGACCCCCGUGGUCCACCAUGUGUCUGCAGCCGCCACUGGCAGCCGCCCCGCUCGCAUCGGUAUCCUCUCCAGAGAGAACCUCGAGAAGCUCAAGAGAAUCAGCCAACAAAUGGCUGGGGUACGCAACCCUUAUCGAAUCUGACGGAGUCAUGUGUCUGUCUGGUGUCUGUGUGUGUGCUGAUGGUUUGAUCAAUCAGGGCCGCAGCAACAAGAUGGUCAAGGACAGGGGCGAUGGGCAUGACAGUGACGGCCAGUCGUCGAGCGACAGCGACGAUGACGAUGACGAUGACUCUGACAAGAAGAGCGACAAGAGCGGCAAGAGCGGCGCCGGCAGCGACCUGAGCUCGGAGGAGGGUACGUGACUGUGCCAGCACAUCAAUCACAUCGCUGCAUGUAUCCAUGGCUUUGUCUGUCUACAGAGUAUUUCGACCCCGAUGGCAGCGACUCUGAGGACAGUUGCGCUUCCGACAAAACUGACGCCACCUGGGUGGAGGCAGAGGUCCAGGGCAACAGGAAGAGAAGAAGGCGCCGAACCAAACCCUCGACCAGGCGCACAAAGAGAAGACGGUGCGUGCGAGACCUCUCGCACCAGGCAGACAACAGGCGGGCAUCACACCGACAGACCCUCCUGUGUGCUGUGCGUUUCAGUCACACCAGCCCACCCGUGGACAUGCCCCCGCUGCCCAAGGUGAAGGGUGUGUGCUACUACCCCUCCACGGGCUGCUUCGUGGGCUUCUGGACGUCACCUGAUACCCACAAGGGCGUUCAGCGAGCCUUCAGCGUGGCCAAACACGGGUACGAGGGUGCAUACGAGAAAGCACUGAGUGUCCGGAAAGCCGCUGAAGCGUCCGGCAAGGUGAGCGGGCGGCCGGGCGAACAGACAGACAGCCCACCAACCCAACACAACUCGGCAGCGGAGGAGGCAUCGAUCCUGUGACAUGCAGGCUGCCCUGAAGGCCCCUGGCGAGCGCAGCAGCGGUGUGAAGGGUGUGGCGUGGUAUGCAAGACACAAGGCGUGGGCCGCCACGUGGAGCGAAGACGCGCAGCCGCGUCGACAGCUGUUCCGUGUGUCUGCCUUUGCGAGUGAGAGUGACGCCAUGGCUGCGGCGGUGGCAUGUCGGGUGGCGAUGAUCGAGAGGAAGGAGAGGAAGAUGGCAGAGCGUGGUGAUGCUGAGGAGGGAGGGAGUGACUAGUGGCCGGAUUUGUCGAUGGAUUUGUCUGGGUGAAGGCUGCUUUGCUGCUCAAACACAUCUGAGUGGACCAGAGCUAUACCGGAUGUUGGAGGGGAAGUGCAUUGGAUGAGCCUGACUGUCUGUCAUGGCUUGCAUCUCUCAAUGCAUUCAUUACGAAAUGAAAUUGUGUCACUCGUCAGUGUCUUCAAACCGUGUUCGUUCUCUGAAUGGUCUUUCCAUCCCA